GUGCGGGAGGCACAGCCGGGGGGACGGCGGCGAGGGCAGCUCCCUGGCGCCGCGACUCACUUUCGCUUUGGAGGGCUUGCCGGGCAGCGCGCCGGCCGGCGGCAGCAUGAGCGCGGCGCUCCUCUUCCUCCGCCUCGUCCUCAGGACUGCAUAUCACGUGGGAGUGGCAAUUCCAAGGAGAAUCAAAAGAAAAAGAAUGAAAAAAAAAAUGAAAAGUUAGAAUGUCACUUUGGGGAUGAGAAGCAAAAAAGGAAGACUAUCUGCUUUUACAGAUCCAGACUAACACGGUUACCCCUCUGAUACUAUCAAAUGUAGGGCAAUGUAUAAAGUUUCUGCAUGCAGUGCCUAUGUGAUGCUACUUGAAAGACAGCUCCUGAGAAGUAGUCCACACUUAUUGUAUUAGGAAGUACAGAAUUAUCUGUGGUGUUUGGUUGGACUAUUGGAUUACACUGUGACAGUGAUGUACCUGCUGCACACACUAUGUAUGAUAAACUGUCUAUAAAGAGGAAUAUUUCUAAAAGGGAACUUAAAUGUAAAGAGGGAGAAUAUGCUGCAGAAAAUAUGUGUUGUAAGCAGUGCCCACCUGGUUCAGUUAAAAGUGCUGAUUGCACAAAGGACAAAAACACAACUUGUGAACGAUGCACAGAAGGAUCAUUCAUGAAUCAUUACAAUUCCCUCGAUGAGUGUCUGAGGUGCAAACCAUGUGACUCUGAACUUGAUUUGGAAGUUGCAGAACAUUGUACCGUCACUCAGAACACACAAUGCAGGUGUAAACAACACUACUUUUGCAAUUCUUCUGACCCAUGUCAUCAUUGCAACCCAUGCAGCAAGUGCGAAAAUGGCGCAAUUGAAAAAGAAUGCACCCCGACCACAGAUACCGUAUGCAAAAGAAACGUCUGGUGGAUCUAUGUAGUAGUGGUUGGAAUCGUAAUCGCUAUCGCAUCACUAGCCGUAGCAGCAUACUGUUACAAGAAGAAACGGAAGGAUUUUGAUUUGAACAAUCAGAUGCGGCAUCCUGUUGUGCACAAACCACCCACCCCUGAAAUGGAGCAUCUCCUGUACCCAGAUAUAGACCUGAGCACCCACAUUCCUGCUAUUGUGGAGGAGAUGACACUACCACAAGUCAAGAAUUUUGUUCGGAAGCAUGAAAUCCCAGAACCUGCCAUAGAGCAGACAAUCCAGGACCAUUUAAAUGAUUCAACUGAGCAGAAAAUCAAAUUGUUCCAUAUCUGGUAUCAACAUCAUGGAAUGAAGGGGGCUUACGGAAAUUUGAUCAUUAGCCUGAGAAAAUUUAGUAUGCGUACUGUUGCUGAUAAAAUUGAGAAAAAACUGAAUGUGGUCACUUCCAGCAGUCAGGAAAACGGAAGAUCAAAAGUCAGUGCCCUUUCUGAUGAACAUACUGUGUAGUCAGCGGAAAAAUAUUUCUAAACUGGUAAGUAUUAUUUUUAUAUUGUAAAUAAAGUUUUCAAAGACCGUUCCCUUCAGCAUUUCUACCUGAUUAAAGAAGAGGCAACUGAACAAGCACAGACAGCAUGGCUAACUUCUGGAAAUACAUCGAUGUGCACUUCAAAGAUUGAGAUUUUCCUAUACUUUGUAUAGUACUGGGAACAGAGACUCUGGGAAGCAGUCACUAAAAAAGCAACUAUAUAGGAGUUCAUGCAGAGGACUCACAAUGCUUCUGUGUCACACAAAAAAAGUCAGCCGACAUUUUGGAUUGAAGCUUUAGCUAAGGAUUUAUGGUCCCAGACAAUGAUGAUAUUUGUGUUUAGUUAUGCUGAAAUUAUGGUUUAUAGCUAUUUUCCUUAUGUAAAAGAAUGAAAACUCUGGUGUUAUGUUUACAAUAUUUUCAGCAAACACACUUAGGGAAAAAAGGAUUUCAAUUCUUCUUUUAAAUUUAAAGACUAACUUUAAUGUAAUCUGUAAACAUGUUAAAGAUUUACUCACAUGAGAAAUCCCAUUUAAAGUCAGUGGGGCUAUUCAGUUG